AUGGCAACCGUACACGACAGUUCAGCGAAGCGCAGAAUACACAAAGAGCUGCUCACUCUCCAGCGAGAGGCCAACCAUCCUGACAUAAACGACAAGACACUGCGCUGCUUCGAGAUAACAACCAAUCCCGACGAUAACAUUUUUGAGUGGCAUGUAAAGCUGCGUGCGCCUGAGGAGAGUAUGUAUGCGGGUGGUAUAUUCAACCUCAAGAUAACCUUUCCUACUGAUUAUCCGUUCAAGCCGCCCUCGGUUGUCUUUCUCACGCGCAUCUACCAUCCCAACAUCAAUGCAAAUGGCAAUAUUUGCCUUGAUAUUUUGCGGGAGAGCUGGACACCUGCCCUUACCGUGCAGAAGGUCAUUAUAUCGCUGAUUAGCUGGCUGGAUGAGCCUAAUCCUAAGGACCCUUUAGUGCCGGAGAUAGGGCGGCUAUAUAUUACGGAUAUUGAGGCGUAUAAGAAGAAGGUUAAGGAGUACGUACGGUUGUAUGCCAAGGAUAACUGAACAGAGUUUUUUGUUUUAAAUAAAGAUAAAGAUUGAUAUACUGCA